AUGAGCUCUGACUCUGACAAUCUGUACGAAGUUGAAGAAGAUUACGAAGAGGAAGAAGAAGAUGCCCCGCUUCCUAGCGCCAUAUCUCAAAAAUCAUUGUUGCAAUCUCAACAAUCGAAAACCAAUACGAAUGAAACUUCCAGCAACGAGUCAGCACCACAGAAGAAGAAAGUUGGUAAAAAGGGCAAGAAAACCUUUUCUCUGCCGCAAGACCGCGAAUCAUUUGUCACCUUCAUUGACGACAACACCACCCUUGACGACGAGGGUUAUCCUCUUCUGCCCAAUGAGAACACUAUGUUUGUAUGGCAACCAGGCCGAACCAUACGAUUUACUUGCUUAGGAGUUUUGAUCUGCAAUGACUCCGAUUGUCGAUACCGUGGCUCACCUCCAACGUCUUCCAAUAAACGAGUUGAAUGGGCUAGCAAUCAGCAGAAGUGCCCAGCUGCACGGUGCCCUGGAAUUCUUGAACACCUUCAAUGUAAAGACACGAUUUGUCGUUUGGACGAGCAUUUACCAAGCGGUUGGGGAAUUGUUUGUCACUCAGGGUUCCACCAACAUCCAUGGCCUCGUCGUGGAAAGCCUGACAAACUCUCGCUGGGCAAAUUAGGCAAAAAGGUGGUCAAAAACCCCGAGGUUGGACCUCUGCGACUCAAAGUGGGACGAGCUCCAGCAGGCAAACAGGAAAUCGGCACAGCCAGCAGCAUCCACCCAGCUUUUGGGAACCUCCAUCGGACUGGAUACUAUCGGCGCAAGCUCCUUGUUGCUGCUGGAGUCAUUCCCGAAAAGAAAAUUCCUGGUGCAGGCGAUAGUUUUCUGUUGGACAUGAUUCAUUGGGCGAAGUUUUUUUUUUAUUCCAAUUUCAUUCUAACUUGUGUUUCUUCGUUUUGUUUUGACAUGGACACACAUAUGACCUUCCAAACCAAAUGGAUGGCAUCUAUGCUUCUGACCCGCGAUGAGAACGACAGGAUCUAUGGCGGUGGUUUAAUCUUGGAUGUUACUUAUAAGUUUUUUGCAAACGGGUACUUGCUCACAACCUCUAUGUUCAACGAUGUCUUGAAUCGUUGGAUUCCCAUUCAACUUACGUGGUUAAAUGGGAUGACUGAAGAUCACUACGCCUCUCACUUCACCACACUGAUGCGACAAAUGCAAGAGGCCCAAAUUUCAUCUCGAAUAUCUUCUGCCGAAUGCGACGUUCUUGUACGACAGGUGGUUGAUUUCUCAAUGGCUCAGAAGAGCGGAUUCAUCAUGGCCUACAUGGACGUCUUCAAAGAGGCCAAUCGCCAAGUGGCUCUAUCCAAGCUCAAAGGAUGUCACGAGCACUUCAGAGCUCAGGUCACUCGAAUCAAGCGAAAUCGGGUCAUUAUACCUGCGGAUGAUGAGGCUACAUUUCAGAAGGCUGCUUUUGGAUUGUUGAAGCUGGAUGAGCCCGGAGGUUUAUCAUUCAACAAAAAAAUCUCCAAGUUACGCAAGGAGUAUCCUAAAGCCAAACGGUGGAUUGGAUGGUGGCAAGCAGCCUACAUUCAAUCCAUGCUAUUUCGAUCACGGCCUAAGCAGGUAGAUGAUGACGGACUCUGUGAUGAUCUGUCCGCCACAACCAAUGCGCAAGAGUCCAUGCAUCGAGUUUACUACAUGAUUUCCAAAGGGAACUGUACCGUGCAAAUAGGGCUAGUCCAGCUGUAUGCUUUGGUUGGUAGUCUUGAAAGAGACUAUCACGAUCUCUGUUGA